GGAGAAAAAAGUUAUAUGGGCUUUUAUUUCGUGGCCCAUCAAACCCACGCACCGCCGGCUCCUUCCAGCGCAGCGCCGACGCUAUCUUCCUCGCAGCGCCGCUCAGGCUCGGUCCCUCAGCGCAGAUCUUCUGCUCCUUCCCCUACUCGCGCUCAGGCUCGGUCCCAGGGAUCGGAUCUUCUGCGCGUCGGCGGCUCCCCCUCGGCGGCGUCCAGCGACGGAGGGGCAGUCCCAGGCUCGGCGGCGGCGGCGGCGGCGUCGGCGGCUCCCCCUCCCGCCUCUCGCCAGUCGCCUCGCGCCCUCGCCUCCGUCCUCCGCGCACCUGCCGGCGACCCUGCGAUAAUGGCUCAUCGUGGUCACCUAGAUGGACUGACUGCCCAAGCUCCAGCUCUGAUGCACCAUGGUUCCUUCGCUGCUGGCAAACUCUCUAGCCACUCACCUUUGCAGUCUUCAUCCACACUGGAGAUGCUGGAGAACAAGCUUGCCAUGCAAACUGCAGAAGUAGAAAAGCUUAUCAUGGAGAAUCAGCGGUUAGCAUCAAGCCAUGUGGUCUUGAGGCAGGACAUUGUUGAUACGGAGAAAGAGAUGCAAAUGAUCCGCACCCACCUAGGUGAAGUUCAGACAGAGACUGAUUUGCAGAUUAGAGAUUUGUUGGAGAGAAUCAGAUUAAUGGAGGCAGACAUACAUAGUGGUGAUGCAGUGAAGAAGGAGCUUCACCAAGUGCAUAUGGAGGCAAAGAGACUUAUUACUGAAAGGCAGAUGCUAACCCUUGACAUAGAGAAUGUGAUUAAAGAAUUACAGAAACUCUCUGCCUCUGGUGACGGUAAAAGCCUUCCUGAAUUGCUUGCUGAGCUAGAUGGGCUACGGAAAGAGCAUCAUAAUUUACGAUCUCAAUUUGAAUUUGAGAAAAAUACAAACAUCAAGCAAGUUGAGCAGAUGCGGACAAUGGAAAUGAACCUGAUAACCAUGACUAAACAAGCCGAGAAGUUACGUGGUGAUGUAGCAAAUGCUGAAAGACGGGCACAGGCAGCUGCGGCUCAAGCAGCGGCACAUGCAGCUGGUGCGCAGGUGACAGCUUCACAGCCUGGACAGCUCAAGCUACAGCGGUUUCAGCAGCAGCUACAGACCCAUAUGCAGGUGCAUAUGCCAGUUACCCCUCGGCAUAUCAGCAGGGAGCCCAGGCUGCAGCAUAUCAGCAGGGAGCCCAGGCUGCGGCAUAUCAGCAGGGAGCCCAGGCUGGGGCAUAUCAGCAGGGAGCCCAGGCUGGGGCAUAUCAGCAGGGAGCCCAGGCUGGGGCAUAUCAGCAGGGAGCCCAGGUUGGGGCAUAUCAGCACGGAACCCAAGCUGGGGCAUAUCAGCAAGGAAACCAGGCUGGAGCAUACACCUAUGCUUAUGAUGCUGCCACGGCUUACGCAUAUGCAGGUUACUCUGGCUAUCCAGGCUAUGCGCAAAGUGCAGUGCCCAAUUAUUCCUAUGCCGUACCUCCGCAGCCAAGCAGCGGUGCAACUACAGAGGCCGCAAGCAUGUAUGGCGCAGCUGGUAGUGCUGGAUAUCCUACUGCGCAAGUUCAGCCGAGCAGUGCCACUGCAAAUGCAGCGCAACCACCUCCUCCACCACCGCCUGCAGCACCAUAUCCUAGCACAUAUGACCAAACCAGAGGAGCCCAGAGGUGAAAAUCUGUGAUGUGAACCAGAUGGCUGUCUGCCAUGCACAUUUGUUGAGCAGACAAUUAUAUAGAAUUCUGUCAUGUCCCUUUUGUAGAUUGAUGACUGGUUCAGUUAUGUAGAUUCAGUCGCUGAUAGCUUAAUUGGCAUGAUAGAAGAGUUGAUGUAUGCUCAACUGUUGGUACAUCGGUUGAUUGGCUUAGCUGUUGGUUAAGGAUGAUUCGGUCAUUAAUGUGGCAUUACACCAAAAAAAAGUGUAGCGUCGUUAUUCUGUAUUCUUUUAUAUCAUCUAUUUGCAAGUAUUCCAAAAUAA